AUGGGGCGACUAGCAAGGAGGGCUUGUCUCCUAGGCUCACUAGUAGAAGCUUUCUACCUCAUCCUAGCAGUCUCCCCGGUAGCAAGUGACAUGACCGACAGCCUCGACCUGCUGUGGGGCGACACAAAGGUAGAGUACGAUAGUGGCGGCCGCCAAACCGUGUCCCUGUCCCUCGACCGCUGGACGACCUCCGCGUUCCGCUCCAAGAGCAAGCACCUCUUCGGGAGGUUCGACAUGGACAUCAAGCUCGUCCCCGGAGACUCGGCCGGCACCAUCACCACUCUCUACAUGCUGACAGAGGGGCCAUGGGAAGAACACGAUGAGGUCGACCUCGAAUUCCUAGGGAACAGCUCCGGCGAGCCAUACACCUUGCACACAAACAUUUACGCCAGAGGAAGAGGCGGCCGAGAGAAGCAGUACCGGCUUUGGUUUGAUCCCACUCAAGAUUUCCACACCUACUCCAUCCUCUGGAACCCACAGGAGAUAUUGAUACUUGUCGACGGGACACCGGUCCGGCAGAUGAAGAACCAACAAAGAAAAGACAUCCCUUUCCCGCUGUACCAGCCAAUGAGGUUGUACAGCAGCAUCUGGAACGCGGAGGACUGGGCGACGCAGGGUGGGCGCGUCAAGACCGACUGGUCCCAGGCGCCGUUCACCUCGCUCUUCCGGAACUACAGCGCCGUCGCCUGCGUCUCGCAGAAGACCGCCUGGAUCUGUGGCCGAGGUUCCAGUGACAGCAGCUGGUUCACCCACGUCUUGGAUGGAGAGGGGCAACGGAAGCUCAAGGAGGUGGAUGAGAAACACAAGAUUUAUGACUACUGCGUUGACUCGAGGAGGUACCCUAAUGGGUAUCCCCCGGAGUGUGGGUCACAGUAG